AUGUGCUUUACGUUACCGGCUGGUGCCGUGCGGGUGUUGCUGCUGCGAGUCUAUGAGGGCCCGUGUGGCUUGCUUCUCGCGGGAAGGUCUGAGGCGUUGCGUGCGUGCUCGCGCUCGUGUUUACCGCCUCACUGGCGGUGUCUCCAAUUGAGGCGGAGGGUAACAGAAAUCCUGUCUCGUGACCCAUGUACCCAAGGAAACCCCUCGCGGGUCGAGGGUGGGUCGCGAGUCAAUGAGAUCGAGCCCUCAGCAAGCGCGUGUAGCGAGAUCAGCAGUCCAACUCAAUUCAGACUACUCCCGCAGGCCGAUUUUCGUGCGAUGCAACUAUUGUUUCUUCCAUCUUGCAAUCAAGUUGGCAUCAGCAAUUUCCUCCUUUAG